AUGUCUAGCAGCCACCGUUCUGAGAAGGACUUGUGCCUGACCCGGUACAGUACUCCAGUCCCCGAGCUGGAUGACCACCGCUUCCAUAUGAACGCCGGGCCUCGAGGCGAAUUGGCACCCGAACGUCCUGACCGGUUGCAGGUGCAAGAUGCCCUGCGCGAAGCCGCUCCCGUGUUUCGAGACUUUGAACAGGCCGUGAUCGAUGAUGAUCGCUCCGAGCUUGAUGUAGCGGGAAUGGGCCGACGCGUCUCGGUCGACCCCACGGCGAAUUUCCAUACGCCUCGGCGCAUCAGCUGCGUCCAGCAAGACCUGGUUGGAGGUACCAUCUCCCGCAGUUCAUCUGUCUCGGCGCGGUCUUCGUCGCCGCCCAACUCGGUCGAUGCCUUCGCUGACCCUCGUCGUCGGGAGCGCGCCAAUACUUUGGAAAGCCAUGCGCCCCCCGAUCUGGAGGCUAUGCUGCAGCGUACUGUUUCGGGAGGCACCCACGCGCGCCGUCCGACCUUCAGCAACGCUAGUGCCAUCCGGCCCCAGCCCGGUGACAUCUCGGUUUGUGCGCCGGAUGAGCCCGGUGUGCCGAUUACUUAUGACGAGCCCGGCCGUAUCCCGGUUAUCGACUAUGAGGAACUGGAGGAGUUUGUUGCCCUGAGCGAGCAAAGUAAGAUUGCUACGGGAACCAACAAAUGCCGCCGCAAGCAUAGCCUAAGUUCGCAAAGCAAGAAGCCCCGGAUCUUCUACGAUCUGCGCCCCGGUGCGAAGGGUCCUGGUUUGGAGAAUUUCAAGAUGGCCGAUUCGGCUGAUUCGUCGGAUACUUGCGACGCGUGUGAAGAGGUGGACGAAAAGAAGCCCAGCAAGGUCAUGGACGAGAAGGAGCUGACUACCGUGCACGCAGCUGAACUGGGAGAUUUGGUGCUCCCUGGUGACAGCUUCCGCGACUUGUUCCAGCUGGGCCCUGAGGGUGGUGUGUGGUGGUUGGACGUGGUCAACCCGACGGAGGAGGAGCUCGGGGCUAUUUCGCGGGCGUUCUCGAUUCACCCGCUGACCACGGAGGAUAUCCUGACACAGGAGGCGCGUGAGAAAGUGGAACUGUUCAAGCAGUACUACUUUGUCUGUUUCCGCACUUUCUACCAGAUGGACAAGACUAGUGAGGAGUUCCUGGAACCGGUCAACUUCUACAUGGUCGUGUUCCGGGAUGGAGUGCUGACGUUCUCCUUUGUGGACAACCCGCACGCUUCGAGUGUGCGCAAGCGUAUUGGUAAACUACGCGACUACGUCUCGCUCAGCAGUGACUGGAUUUGUUACGCCAUGAUCGACGACAUCGUCGAUAGCUUCGGUCCCGUCAUUCGGGAUGUCGAGCUCGAGUCCGAGGCGAUCGAGGAUCAUGUGUUCAUCGCACGCGUCGACGACUUUGAAUCCUUCCUGCCCCGCAUUGGCGGCCUGCGUAAGAAGGUUAUGAGUUUGAUGCGUCUGCUGGGAGGCAAGGCGGAUGUUAUUCGCGGGUUCUCCAAGCGGUGCAACGAGCAGUACUCGGUGACGCCGCGCGGCGACAUCGGACUGUAUCUGGGUGACAUUCAGGAUCACGUGGUGACUAUGAUGUCGAACCUGGCUCACUUUGAGAAGAUGCUCAGCCGCUCGCACACCAAUUACCUGGCCCAGCUUAAUGUGACCAACCUUGUGCUGGGCAACCAUGUCAACAAGGUGCUGAGCAAGGUCACGUUGAUCGCAACGAUUCUAGUUCCGAUGAACUUGAUCUGUGGUCUGUUUGGUAUGAACGUUAAUGUGCCGGGCAAGGAAGCCGGGGGCCUGGGAUGGUUCUUUGGUAUCAUGGGUGUAAUGGGAGCCAUUGUGGUUGUCAGCAUCUGCCUGGCAAGGUGGCAGAAGUUGGUAUAA